CCCCGGAUCCGUGACGUCACUCGGAGGCGCCGGAAGUGGGGAGGGCCGGCGCCGGAAGCGGCGAGGCGGAAGCGGGAAGGGCCGGCGCCGAAGCCUUGGGAUUCGGGUCUUCGAAAUUCCGUAAAAAGACGAUGCCCAAAGUGAAGAGAAGCCGGAAAGCUCCACCGGACGGCUGGGAGCUUAUUGAGCCCACGCUGGACGAGUUGGAUCAGAAGAUGCGAGAAGCUGAAACCGAGCCUCACGAAGGGAAGCGGAAAGUCGAAUCUCUGUGGCCGAUCUUCCGGAUCCACCACCAGAAGACCCGCUACAUCUUUGACCUCUUCUAUAAGAGGAAAGCCAUCAGCAGGGAACUGUACGAGUACUGUAUCAAGGAAGGCUACGCGGAUAAAAACUUAAUCGCCAAGUGGAAGAAACAGGGCUACGAGAACCUGUGCUGCCUACGAUGUAUCCAGACUCGGGACACUAACUUUGGAACGAACUGCAUCUGCCGGGUUCCCAAAAGCAAGCUGGAAGUGGGGAGGAUCAUCGAGUGUACGCACUGUGGCUGCCGCGGAUGCUCGGGCUGACGACCCCCGGCCGCUUCGGAAACCGCGCUCCGGCUCAAACCCCGCGUCGGUCCCCCUCGAACCCGAGAGCCUCCCCUUCGCAGCAUCCCGCCGCCGCCGCCGGCCUCUCUCUGCUCGUCGUCUGUAAUUACUUCUGAUUUUAAAAUAAAAUCUUAGCCCCA